GCUGCCGUAACUACGACAACCACAGACGCAUCCGACUGAGGGUCACCAGUCAACACGGUCGCGCGUUAAACCGGAACACCGGUGUGUGAUGCCAGCUCUCUGUGCAUGCCGCGGAGUGUAGCACGCGUCAAAGUGUAAAUACCUAUAAGUUGAAGCUGUAACUCAACUGAACUGCCACGAUGGGGAUCUUGGAGAAAAUCGCUGAAAUAGAGAGAGAAAUCGCUCGAACACAGAAAAACAAAGCCACUGAGUACCAUCUGGGUUUGCUCAAGGCAAAGCUAGCCAAAUACAGAGCUCAGCUCCUUGAACCCUCCAAGUCGGCAGGGGCCAAAGGCGAGGGCUUUGAUGUUAUGAAAUCAGGUGAUGCUCGUGUUGCUCUUAUCGGUUUUCCGUCUGUGGGUAAGUCCACCUUCCUUAGUUUGAUGACAUCAACAGCCAGUGAAGCUGCUUCCUAUGAGUUCACCACCCUCACCUGCAUACCUGGUGUCAUAGAGUACAAAGGGGCCAACAUUCAGCUGCUCGAUCUACCAGGAAUCAUCGAGGGUGCUGCCCAGGGUAAGGGCAGAGGUCGGCAGGUCAUUGCUGUUGCCAGGACAGCGGACGUCGUCAUCAUGAUGUUGGAUGCCACCAAAGGAGAGGUUCAGAGAGAGCUACUAGAAAAAGAGUUGGAGUCGGUGGGCAUCAGACUCAACAGGACAAAACCAAAUAUUUAUUUCAAGCCCAAGAAAGGUGGCGGCCUCUCCUACAACUCCACAGUUCCUCUCACCCACUGCUCAGAGAAGCUUGUUCAGCUGAUCCUUCACGAAUACAAAAUCUUUAACGCAGAAGUUCUUUUCAGGGAGGACAGCACACCAGACGAGUUCAUCGAUGUCAUCGUUGGAAACAGAGUUUACAUGCCUUGCCUAUAUGUGUACAAUAAGGUGGAUCAAAUCUCCAUCGAGGAGGUGGACCGCCUGGCUCGCAGACCUAACAGUGCUGUCAUCAGUUGUGGCAUGAAGUUGAACCUGGAUUACCUUCUGGAGACGUUGUGGGAAUACCUGGCUCUGAUUUGCAUUUAUACUAAGAAAAGAGGAGAACGCCCAGACUUUAAUGACGCCAUCAUUAUGAGAAGAGGAGCAAGUGUAGAACACGUGUGCCAUCGAAUCCACAGAACCUUAGCCAGCCAGUUCAAAUACGCCCUGGUUUGGGGAACCAGUACCAAGUAUAGCCCUCAGAGGGUCGGACUAACACACAUCAUGGAGCAUGAGGACGUCAUCCAGAUCGUUAAGAAGUAAAACAACUGGACAGAGAGACUGAGCGGGAGGAGGUUGAAAUUUCCUGUACAGUAGAUAUACAGCAAUGGAAAAAAAAAUAGCCGCCAUUCUUAUUUUGUAUAUGAAAAUCAACAAAACACAUUAAAGAGAGGCAGGCCAGAUUUGGAUUCGGUUGUGGAAAGGAAGUGAUGUAUUUUACCUUUUGAUUAAGAUAAAUGAUAAAGAUACAUUGAUUCAAGGAGAAAAUGGAGUGGAAAAAGAAUAAAGUCCAAAAAAUGUUAAAUUAA